AUGGUAGUUCACAAUCCUAACAACUGGCAUUGGGUCGAUAAGAACUGUGUGAACUGGGCUCGCAACUAUUUUGAUAAUCGUGUUGUGGGUCUGAACAGUGUUGAAGACGAGACGAAAGAAGUGGAAGUGACGUCAAUUUCGUCCAUGGAAGGUGAUUGCGAGGUCAGCCAGCGUAAAGGAAAAGUAAUCUCUCUUUUCGACCUCAAACUGGUUGUGAUGAUCAAGGGCCAUGUUGGGGAUGAAGAAUUCGAGGGCAGCAUCACGGUUCCAGAAAUUGCAUUCGACUCUGAGCCCGACGACUAUCAGUUUGAGUUAUCGAUUUACAAGGAAACCAGCAAGCUCAGCGAAGCAAGACCGAUAAUAAGGGAGAAGCUGAUUCCACAAUUGAGGGAUACUUUCUCAAAGUUUGGACCGGAGCUGCUUCAAACACAUGCAAACGACAUCCAGGUGCCUGAAGAGCAGGUGAAAUCGGAGUUCACAAGGGCUAACGCACAGUCAACACAGACAACAAGCACGCCUGCAUCUUCAAAACCAUCCGUAACCAAAACAAGUAGCAGCGACGUGAAGUCCAGUAGCUCUGUUCCAGGAUCCUCAAAAGGGCCGCUCUACAAUACCACAACUUUGCAUUUGGAACCCACUUUCAACGUACCUGCCAUCGAGCUUUACCAAACAUUCCUCGACAAGCAACGUGUACAAGCCUGGUCAAGAUCACAGUUGGUUUGUGAGUCGUCAAAAAACACAUUCGAGAAGGGCGACGAGUUCACCUUUUUCGGGGGAAAUGUGUCGAGCAAGCUGAUUGAGACUGACAUCGGUAAACGUUUGGUAUUCCAAUGGCGUCUCAAUGACUGGCGCUCUGGUCACUGGAGUACCCUAGCCAUGGACUUUCAUGAGUCCCAAGAAUAUCACGAAACGAAAUUGCAAGUUACAUGGAGCGGCGUGCCCGUAGGUGAAGAAGACAAGGCUAGGGGAAAUUUCUUGGAUUACUACGUCAGAAGCAUCAAGUUGACCUUCGGUUUCGGUGCCGUCCUAUAA